CUCCAUUAUAGCGGGAGGCCGAGGCCCCUUUUUCUCCCUCGAAAGAAUCUCUCGGUGUGGAGAAGAAGAGGAAGACAGGAAUUAGGUUCCUGUUAAUCCGAUUCUCCUCCUUGUUUCGCUUUUCUUCUUUGUUGCGUACAAAGACAGGAUUCGUCGAGGAAAAAGUAAACCGAUCGAGAUAGAAACGAACGAGGCGGAGGGAGACCCCUUCUUCCAAAGCUAGAAGAGUCUCCUCCCCCAUUUAUUCUCUCCCUGAAGAACUCCUCGAGUCUUUAUGGCGAGAGUCAGAAGAGCGUCUCACGCGGGGUCGUGGUAUACCGAUAAUGCAUUCAAACUUGAGGAGGAGCUUGAUGGGUGGCUGAAGGCAUCUGGGGUUACGAAAUCUGCUGGUGUCCGGGGUGUAAUUGCACCCCAUGCAGGUUACUCAUAUUCAGGUCGUUGUGCAGCUUAUGCAUUUGCUAACAUAGACCCAGAAAAUAUUGCUCGGGUGUUUCUGCUUGGCCCUUCACACCAUUAUUAUACUCCAAGAUGUGCUCUUACAAGAACCACAGUCUACAAGACCCCUCUUGGUGACCUGCCAAUUGAUCUAGAAGUCAAUGAAGAACUGAAGGCAACUGGAAAAUUUGAGCUUAUGGAUGUUCAAGUAGAUGAAGCAGAACAUAGCAUGGAGAUGCAUUUGCCUUACUUGGCCAAAGUUUUUCAUGGUUGGCCAGUGAAGAUUGUACCCAUUCUGGUUGGUGCACUUAAUGCGGAAAAUGAAGCAAUGUAUGGGCAGAUAUUGGCUAAAUAUGCAGAUGACCCUAAGAAUUUCUUUUCCGUAUCAUCAGACUUUUGUCACUGGGGUUCACGGUUUAACUAUCUACACUAUGAUAAGAAGUAUGGGGCCAUAUACAAAUCUAUUGAGGCUCUAGACAAAAUGGGGAUGGAUAUAAUAGAGACUGGAGACCCUAACGUUUUCAAAGAAUAUUUAUUGGAAUUUGAAAACACAAUAUGUGGACGACACCCCAUAAGUGUUUUUCUUCAUAUGUUGAAACACAGUUCGGCAAAGAUGAAGAUUAGUUUUGUUCGGUACGAACAAUCUAGUCAAUGCAGAAGCAUGAGGGAUAGCAGCGUAAGCUACGGUUCUGCAACAGCAAGGGCAACCGAUUGAAGCUACAUUUAGUUGCAUGGAUAGUUUAUUUCUGGUGUUUAUAUCUGAACUUUCUACUUUGCUUCUCCUUCCUAGUUCCAUAUAAAUGUCAAAGUAUACGGUGAUUAUAGGUCAGUGGUAAACCACCUUGUUGUAGGUACAGCUAUUACGUGUGAGUUCUAACUAUACGGACAUUUAAAAUAAUUUAUUUAAUAUCUUAAA